UGUUCGGCGUGGCUGAGAUGUCGCCGUCAGUCAUAUGGUCUCCUCGUGCUGCCGUGUAGCGGAUUCUCGGAGUCGCAGUAUUGCGGUACUUCGUUUCGCGCGGUCCACGUCCUGGGCGCAUUUCCACUUCCACGGCGGAUUCCUUUUACCUUUCAGUGUCGGCUUUUGGUUCUUCUACGGUUUUCGGUUUUUGUUUUUAUUUUACUUUUCUGCCAUGUGUUUUUUUUCUUGUGCUGUGGUGUGAAUGGGCAAUAACAGACUCUGACUGCGCUGCAACUACUCCUCCAGCUCAAGUUUUCUACAGUUUUUUUUGCACAUACAUAUACCGUUUUAAUAACGUGCUGGUUCCCUGUCUGGUGUCCGAAUUACGGAGCCACUGCCGACGCUGUCAGUGUCGCACUCGCUGUUUCUACGGCUGCCACCGCAGCCACCUCUGUCGCUGCUCGGGUCGCGUGCAGAAAACUGGGGAAAAUCAUCAGAGAAGAAAAGGAAACCGGAAAACGAAGAUAUUCGAGAGAAACCAAUACAUGAUAUCGAAGCUAAAUAAUCCCAAAUAUCCGAAAUAUCAGAAUAAUCCGAGCCGAAUCGAGCCGCGAUGCUCUGGCAUCCACUGAAUAACGAGAAUCCUACGUAACUCUGCAGAAACCGCGGCCAAAGCGAAAGCCAAACACCAACAGCAGCUCCCAUUUGAAAGUGAAACGGAAGAGAUACGAGAGGAUACGAGGUGCCGCAGUAAGGGGAUACCAUAUCCCGAGCCCACACCACAAAUCACACUUCACACACCACUCACACACACACACCAUGGCCAUGUUGGAGGCACGGCCGUACAGGCCCUUCAAGUCCAGCGAGGAGUAUCUGGAGGCCAUGAAGGAGGAUCUGGCCGAGUGGCUGAGCACUCUCUAUCCCGAGCUAAGCAUCAAUGCCGAGAACUUUAUGGAUCGCCUCGACACAGGCGUGGCUCUCUGCAAGCACGCGAACUAUGUGCGGCAGGCGGCCGAGGACUAUUUGGCCCGGCGACAGGCGCGCAACAAAUCGAUGACACGCUCGAUGACAUCCGGCCUGGCCGGUCCGAUCCUGGCCCUGGGCAACAUCCACUACCUGCCGGCGGCCAAAAGCGGUACCUUCUUUGCUCGCGACAAUGUUUCCAACUUCAUAACUUGGUGCAGAAAGAGCCUCAAGAUAAUCGAAUGCCUGCUGUUUGAAACGGACGAUCUGAUCAUGCGCAAGAAUGAGAAGCACGUGAUCCUCUGCCUCCUGGAGGUGGCGCGACGAGGUGCCAAGUUUGGAAUGCUGGCCCCCAUGCUGGUGCAGAUGGAGCGACAAAUCGAUCGGGAGAUCGCCGCCGAUAUCAAGGCCAAUGGCGCCAACUCCUCGGACAGCGGGACACAGACGGAGGCAAUCGCCUCCAGCUCAACGAUUAGCAACAUGGCCACAUCCACAACAAUAACGACAACGACAGUGGGCUCGGAGACGGAUCUAUACGAUGACAGCGAUGACUCGGAGAAUGAAGAUGAUGCCGAUGAGAAUCCAAUGCUGAUGUACGGUCCCCAGCCCCAGAUAGUCACCAACGAUCUGAAAAGCCUCGAUGAGAUGGUUAGAGAUCUGGUAGAGAAGUGCACAUGCCCCUCGCAGUUUCCCAUGGUCCGUGUGUCCGAGGGCAAGUAUCGCAUCGGCGACACCAAAGUACUCAUCUUUGUGCGGAUACUGCGCUCCCAUGUGAUGGUGCGCGUGGGAGGCGGAUGGGAUACCCUGGCCCACUACCUGGAUAAGCACGACCCCUGCCGCUGCCGGGCCCAGCACCGCAGCUCGGUGGCCGCCCGCCUCAUCCCCCGACAGUCUCCCAACCACAAUCCGAGUAACGGCAUCGAGCUGCACAAGGCUCAGGUGAUAUUCGAGCGGUCACCGACCGCUGCGCGACGCGUCUUCAACAGUCCAAACUGCAACGGAGUAGGAGCUGGAGGAGCAACAGCAGCCACAGCGGCAACAGCAGUGGGAAUGGGAAUUGGACUGGGAGCUGCACAAGGCCAGGCCCAACAGAAUGGCAACAGUCUCUCCCCAAAUUCAGGAAAGUACCGGAGUCGAAGUCCGACACCGCAGCGUAAAUUCAUCAACGGUAUCCAAAGCAACGGAAUCGUGGCAGUCAGUGGCUCCUUCACCACGGCCGUCGUUCCAGAGCAACAGCUGCUGGGCUCCCCUGGCCUGGCCAGGCGCUCCAUGUCACCAAGUCCCCGGCGGCUGAUCGACAUGCGGAAGAAGCAGAGCUCCCUGGACUCAUACAGCAGUGGACCUAAGUCGCUGCCAGGCGGCUGCAGCUGCUCCCUGGAGGAUUCCGGAUUGGGAGGGGGGGCGGUGACUGCCCCUUCAUCUGGAGGAGUGCUUGGCGGGGGACAGUCCGUCCCGGAGCAGGGCAACUCAAGCAAGUUUGAGAAUAUCAGCGACAACGGUAGCGAGAUCAGCGACGAAGGCUACCGAAGCCUGGGGGUAAACCAGUCGAGUGCCCAGAAGCGCGAGUCCCUGCACAGUCAGGCCUCGAUGGAAGACGCUGAAACCAAUGCGCGUCUCGAUCAGACGUCCAGCGACUCACAGAUCUCGCCUACGGAAGAGCCCCCGGAGAAGGCGGCUACGGAUAUACUAGAGGAAGAGGACCUCAAUGGGCAGGAGCUUGACGCGGAUGCGGACGUGGACGUGGAGCAAGACUACUCUGUGUGCGAUGGCCCCCAGUCGCUGCCGGCCAUCCUCCGUCUGCCGAAGAUGGCGGACAAGUUCGAGCAGUCGGGUGUAUUCAUCACCGACGAUGAGAUUACCGUGGACAUGGCCAAGAGCCCGCACUCCCCCAAGCUAGAGAUGCAGCAGUCCCCGGCGCUGCUCAGUAAAAUUCCCCGCUCACCUUUGGCUCAGCGCCGGCGCAGCAUCGACAACAGCACCUGCGGCGGCGCCGGCGGCAGCCUCCAGGAUCUGAGCUUCCGCUCCUCCGCCACACCACCCGUCGGCUUCAGUCGCAAGCAGCCCGUGUACCGCUCCAUGCGAAGCCGCACCACGGUGGCGUCCACGCCCACGCCCGUGCCUUCGCCACGCGCCGCUCGGCAGGCCUCGAAUCUACCAACGGUACGGGAUGUGACCAACACAUGGAGCGGACGCACUACAGCUGCCCCCAACAGCUGCAAGAGACGGCCACAGUGCACUCCAGAAAGCUUUGUGGCCCCAGCUCCGUUUGAGCGGAGCGGUAAGGGGCGAUCGUCCCAGAUCCUCUACGACAGCAAUGGGAGGAGGGUGCGCGGCGGAUGCACUAGCUCCCUGACCACGUCGCCAGUAAAGAACCAUGCCUCGUCCCCGCUGGCGCAGCAGCUGCUCGAGGCGGCCAGCAGUGCCAAGAACGAUGCCCAGAUCCUCGAGAAGAUGAAGACUCUCCUCUCCCGAUACGCGGCCAGCAAUCAAACCAGUUCUGGAACAGUAGUAGUAGCCGGAGCCGGAGCCGGAGCCGGAGCCGUAGCCGGAGUGGGAGCUGUGAAAACCAGUUCCAAUGGCAAGAAGACGCCCGUGUACGAGGACUUUACCACAGCGUGGGUUCACAGCAACGGCAACCUGGAGCGCUCCGAGAGCUGCUCGCCCCCGGCUAAGGCUCGUUCCAAGCGCAGCUCCGCCGCCAGCUCGUGCGAGAGCAAUCACUCCACCACUGUGGCGGGAGUGGGAUCGGGAGCGGGAGCGGGAGCUGUAGCAGCCAGCGUGGUCUCGCCCAGACGGGAGCGCGGCAUGUCCAAAAUCCCGGCUCCGGUGCGCCAUCAUACAGAGCUUUACUAGCGCCCGACGACGCAAAGCGUCCGCGCCCGUUCAAUCGCCUCCAGCGCCAGCGCCAAGGUCCGACUGCUUCCGAGCGUUUUCUAAAAACCUCCCAAACAAUAACCAGGCGAUGGGAUGCGGAGCAGUAUAGUGGAGUGGGAUGGGAAAGAAAAUGAAAUGAAAGAAAGGAUUGGGUUGGGUUUGGAGUUAGUAGAUAAGUUAGGUUAUAGCCAAGCUGGAAUUGUCGCUGCUGCUGUGC